UUUGGUUCAGAUCCUCAUUCAAAAUGUGAACGAACUGCUAUCGCUACAUUUUUGUUGGAUGGACACACCCACGUGGCCAGGACGCACAAAAGUGUUGUGAGGCAAUCCGUGGCACCUCCGCGAAAACUCGCACUUCACUCGCAGGUGAGGAGGGUUCGGCUGGGCGCUGUUUUCUGGUUUGGAUUUUGUCUGAAGAACUUUGUGACAGAGUUUUCUCCGCAGGUCUGAGCUUCUCCUGUGUGGAUGUUUUGACUCAGCGAAGCCCGAAGAAAACCCUGAUGAUGGCAGAACAUGGAAACAUAUGCAGUGGACAGGAGGAAACUUUCUGCAUGAACGGAGGGACCUGUUAUAAACUCCCCGACAUGAACUCUCUCUCGUGCAUGUGUCAGAGCAUGUACGCGGGCAGCCGCUGUGAGACGUUCAGUCUGUUCACCUUCACCGAGAACGGCCACAACGCCGGGGUCGUGGCAGCGGUCGUCAUCGUGGUCAUCCUCGUCCUCCUGGCAGUGGCCGUCUUCAUCUACUACAUCAUCAAGAGGCGUCAGCUCAGAGGAAAGCAGCAGCAGCAGCAGAACAGUCACCAAAAGGGUGACUACUGGAAGGUCCCACCAAGAGUGUGAGGCUGGAGGAUGGUCUCUGGACUCUGAACUCUAGACUCUGGACUCUGGACUUUGAAUUCUAGUCUCUGGACUCUGAAUUCUAAUUUCUAGACACUGGACUGUGGUCUCUGGUCUCUGGACUGUGAAACAUCUGAACACAGGAGCUAAAACCAGGAUGAGACAAUCACUGUGUAACUUCUGAACUUUGCUUUGAAGCUCUGAGGUUCUUGUGUUUCAUGAGGUACAUUUCAAUAUAAGUUUCACCUGAAAUGUUGUUAUAAAUACAAAACUGUAUCAAAUGUAAAAUAUGCUAAUUCCACAUAUAUGCUAUUGUAAAUAUAUUUAUGACCUUUGACCUGUUUGUGUAAUUUGUGGGGGAACAAAGAGCACCAGGUUCGGACUCAUCUUUUUCAAUAUUUUUUUUUUCUUUGUGUUUACGUCUUUCUACAUUUUAUAAACACACAGAAGACUUUCCAGAAGACUGUUCCACAGUUCAUGGUAUUACACCUUUCUAUCUUCAUGGAGACCAAACCAGCCCAAGUUACAGGUCAGAUCUGUGGAGAGGCAACCCCGCUCACACUCAGAAUACCUGUUUUCUCUGUAUUUUUGAGCUAUAAAACCACCUGUAAUUGCCCUACUUACUUGUCUCCGUGGAGUAUUCGAGUGGUUUACUUUGUCUGAAAUGUUUCACAGUGUGGCAUUAAACUUAUUCGUCUUCUGUUCAUUCAA